GAAUGGCCUCACACACCACUACAGUAGGUGGCGGUGUAUGCACCUUAAAGUUGGAUGCAAUCCGACAACCAAAUCGAAAGGAAGAAGAAUCAAAGCAGGAAGUGAAUAGCUAGAGCGUUGGUGUAUUUUCCUCGUUGACAUGUGGCUCUAUAGACCCUAAAAUUCCAAAAUUACAGAUGGAGUUGAAUACGUUUCUUACUCAGCGAUUAACAGCGGCUGCUGUGGAGAUAUCGGCUGUCUUUGAGAAAAAGAUAGUCGAGUACCAGGUCGAAAUCUCCCGUUCGAAGGAGGAGAACAAACGUCUACAGAGGCUGUUGAAUUUGGUUUUCCACCCGGAAAUUAAGUUACAUCGAGCAGACUCCCAGCAGCUCUCUCUUCCUGUCUCUGAAGAGGAGGUUCCCCCUGAGCAGCAGCUCUGUGAGCAGGAGAGGAGCCCCAGUCAGGGGCAGGAGGACCCAGAGCCCACACUGAUUAAAGAGGAACAGGAGGAACUCAGGACCAAUCAGGAGGAAGACCAGCCUCAAGUUCUGGAACCUGAUACCAAAGACCUCUUGAUUCCUGCCUGUGUGAAAAGUGACUAUGAACAGGACCCACCUCUGCCCUCACAUCUUGACCAAACCUUGGAGAACAGAGAGAGGGACUCUCUACCCACCAACACAACUGAAGAGAUCAAAACAGAACCUGAUGGAGAGGACUACAGCGGAUCAGAACCAACCAGGGACUCUCAGCUCCUCUCUGAAGCCCAGAUAGAAAACAUAGAAGAAUGUGUUGAUGGUAUGGAGAGACACAUUCCUCCUCCCUUCUCUCCAGACUCCCAGCAGCCCUCUCUCUCUGUCUCUAAAGAGGAGGUUCCCCCAGAGCAGCAGGAGAGAAGCCCCAGGCUGGGUCUGGAGGACCCAGAGCCCACAAAACAAGAGGAACUCUGGACGAAUCAGGAGGAACAGCAGCUAGAAUCUGACAGCAGAGUAUCAGAACCAACCAGUGACUCUCAGCUCCUCUCUGCAGUAAAUCCAGAAUGUUCUGCAGCUCAGAAUGAAAACGGUAAAGUUCAUCAGAGUCCCAGCACUUCUUCAGAACAAGUUUCUAGUAACGUGGAAUCAAAUGAAGCAUCUAAUUUCUCUACCUGGAGUGAGGAAAACAUCUCGGCUACAGACAGCAACUCUUCAGACAGGAGCUCCUGCACUAAAGAAGACUCUGAGGCACGUAAACCAGCCAAGAGAACACGCCAUUCUAGUGGUGUGGUGAAUGAACCAUCUGAUCUGUCUAACUUCUGUGAUGAAAACCACCCGGGGACUGAGAUCAGGCCUUCAGACGGCAACAAAGACAUGAACAUCCAAACAGACUCUGGGGCUCAUAAUCCAGCUAAGAGGAUAUGUCGGAGGGUGCCUGAUAUGUCAGAGGGUGCAGUAGCAAGACGUGGGAGUGGAGAGAUGGCCUCCUGUUCCCGUCCCAAAGUGCCAGGAUCCACUCCAGAUUACACCCACUGCUUGCACUGUCAAGGUCUGUACAUUCGAAAGUCACUAUGGAAACAUGUCAGAUACUGCCCUCUGAACCCCAAAGCUGAAGAACCAAAACCUGGACAAAAGAUGAGGUUUCAGUCAGCAAUGGUGUUUAAGUUGUGUCCUCAACCCGACUACGUCAGCACAGGUCUUUGGAAGAUAGUUUGUGGUAUGAACUCCGGCCAAGUUUCAUUUGUGGUAAGAAAUGACAAAUGUAUCCUCCUCAUGGGAGAAGAGAUGUACAACAAACUACCGCCAGAUGACAGAAGAAAUAAAUACAUCCAACAAAGAAUGAGAGAGGUGGCAAGACUCCUCAUCACGGCCAGGACGUGUACACCUUUGAUGUCCUUUGAGGACCUGGUCAUACCUAGUAAUUUACCUCACGUCAUCACGGCAGUGAGAGCUGUUGCUGGCUACAACGAGGAGAACAAAACGUACGACUGUCCCACGCUGGCUGUUCAAAUGGGAUACAACUUAAUGAACAUUGGCAGCGCUGUGGAAUCCUCUGCACUGACGUCAGGACAACACAAAGUCGCGGAGUCUGCUGGCAAAUUCAAAAGUUUCAAGUGGAAUGAGGUUGUUUUGGCUGGAGCACUGUCCACUCUCAGUGAACCCAAAAAUAAAUGUACCCAGCCGACCCGUCGCACAGGCGCCCAGCCGACCCGUCGCACAGGCGCCCAGCCGACCCGUCGCACGGGCGCCCAGGUGACCCAGGGCCCAGCCGACCCGGCGCACAGGUCCUCAGCCGACCCGGCACACAGGCGCCCAGCUGACCCGGCGCCCAGCCGACCCGGCCGUCAGGCACCCAGCCAACCCGAAGAAACACUGUGAGAUUAAAGUGGAUCACUGAUGAGGUAGCAGCAGUAGAGAAACACAUGAUGCCGUUCAUAAAGAGUAGCCGAGUUCCUGAAAAGAGGGACUGCCUCGAAGGCCUCCAGUCAGAACCUGUGGCGCUCAAAAGCAGAGACUGGUCUCCCUAGUUCUAUGUAAAUAGAGUCAAACAGAGACAGAGUACUGCAGGGAACUUGGGAGACCGCGGCCCAGACGGGGACUUCAAAUCAGGUCCAGAGACUGUCAAUGCAACACCUUAGCCAUUGUGUUUCCCAGUCAGACUUCCAACCAGCCAGGGAUUCGAACCAGCGACUUUGUGUGUGUGGUGGGGGGUUACAGGUACAAUAUUUAAAUUCAUAUUCUGUUCAUAUAUUUUAUAUUUAUUAGUUCACACAUUGUACCUGUGGGCUGCCACAAAAAAAUAAAUAAGAGGAAAUUAACUCCACCAUUUCCUGGUUGCUAAAAAUCUAAUAGUUAACCUAAUUUUAGUUCGUGACAUCACAAGCAAGUCUAGUGUAGACUACAGGAUCAUUGUACUAUCUAAACCGCUGUGAAAUAUAUUUUCCAUAACCAAAAAGAUUGUAUUUUCAGCUGUUUUGAAGCUGGUGAACAAAACUUGAAAGUAAAAGACGCAAAAAACAAAACUUAAGAACGGGAAGCAUAGAAAUAGUGCACAUAGAACAGAUCUACCGGCUUCCUAGACUUUGCUUUCAAUGAGAGUGACAGAUCUAUAACUGUAAGUAGAUAUGCAGUCCUCCAUGGGGAUCUUGAGAGGCAGUAGGGCUGAUUUUUGGUUUUGAUUAAUUUUGUAAUUUGAGAUUAAAGUGAAUGUAUCUAUGAUCUUCAAUGCAUUUGGGAGCAAUAGAGAUACAUUGUCUAGAUAUAGUACAAUAUCGUCUGCGUAUUGGUGUUUUUACUUUGAUGAAUUGCCUGGGCCAGUGGUUCCAUGGAUAAUAAAAUAACAAAGGAGAAAUUGA